GCUUAAUCGAGGCAGACGCGCUACCGCGCCGGUCGUAAACACGGAAAGAGAACCUCUACACCUCCCUCGAUCCCAUAUACCCUUCCCUACAAUUACAAGGAUGCCUUCAUCAGCUCCAUCCUCACCAACCCGCCAACGUACCGACCGCGACGCAACCCCCACCGCCGCUGACGGCGCUCCCCUCUUCUACCCCUCCUCGAUCGCUUCCUCCUCCCCCAAAGGCGCAGCGGCUCUCCGUGAUGGAAGUGCGACGCCUCGUGCUUCCGCCGUCAAUGGGUUGAGACGAAUGGAAGUCUCGAGUCCGUUGAGGUAUGAGAGUUCGAGUCCGCCGAGGAGUGCGGCGGGUGGGGGGUUGAGGAGGGGGGGAGUGAUGAGUUCGGGGUUGGGGAGUGGGGGGUUGAGGUCUACGGCUGAGACGAUUCGGGAUGAUAUUAGAUCAUCUGCUGCGACGCCGCGUGCUGCUAGGCGUGGUGAUAUCCAUUCCUCAGGCUUGGACUCGACGCCGAUGCGUCGUCGUCUCAUGGACGUCCAGACUCCCUCCCGCCAAUCCGCCAUUCUCUCUCAGGGUGCGCCGACCUCCGAUGCCGACUCUGGCCCACACCGCGUCAUCUGGGGUACAAACGUCAACAUCCAAGACGCCUCAGACGCAGUCAAGAACUUCCUCAAAAACUACCAACCCAAAUACCGUCUCGUCGCAGACAAAGUCCUCGUCAAUCCCGGUGAGGGCGAAGAUAAGGUCUAUGUCGAGAUGUUGAGGCAGAUGCGUGCGUUGGGGAUUAAUGUCCUCAAUCUCGAUGUCGGGAAUUUGAGGGCGUAUCCCCCGACGAAGAAGGCGUAUCAUCAGUUGCAGAUGUAUCCGGCUGAGAUGAUCCCGAUUAUUGAUGGUGCGAUUAAGGAUGCCAUGAUUGAUAUUUUGCAGGGUGAUGGUGUCGGGGAGGCGGUGCUUGAUGAGGUUGAGGCGACGCCGUAUAUGGUUCGUCCGUUUGGGUUCGAUGAGACGCAUAAUAUGCGAGACCUGAACCCCGCGGAUAUCGAUCGUCUUGUGACGAUUAAGGGAUUGGUCAUCCGUGCCACGCCCGUUAUUCCGGAUAUGAAGAGAGCGUUCUUCAGGUGUGCGGUUUGCCAGCAUGCGGUGACUGUCGAGAUUGACCGUGGACGAAUCGCGGAGCCGACGAGGUGUCCCCGUGAACAGUGCAUGACGACGAAUUCGAUGCAGAUCGUGCAUAAUCGGUCGGAGUUUGCGGAUAAGCAGGUCAUCAAGCUCCAGGAGACACCGGAUGCGGUGCCGGCCGGCCAGACGCCUCAUGCCGUCUCCCUCUGUGUCUACGAUGAACUCGUGGACUUUUGUAGGGCUGGUGAUCGGGUACAGAUUACGGGUAUCUUUAGGAGUGUGCCCGUGCGGAUCAACCCGCGUCAACGCACGAUCAAGAGUUUGUUCAAGACGUAUUUGGAUGUCGUGCAUGUCCAGAAAAUCGACAAGAGGCGCUUGGGCGCGGACGUUACGACGCUUGACCAGGAAUUGGCUAUUGAGACGAGUGCGUCGUUGCAAGAGACCCGGAAGUUGAGUGAGGAGGAGGUUGCGGAGAUUGAGUCGAUCUCCCGGAGAGAGGAUGUCUAUGACGUCCUGGCGAGGAGUUUGGCGCCGAGUAUUUAUGAGAUGGAGGAUGUGAAGAAGGGGAUUUUGUUGCAGUUGUUUGGGGGGACGAAUAAGACGUUCACGAAGGGUGGUGGACCGAGGUAUCGGGGUGAUAUCAACGUUUUGUUGUGUGGUGAUCCGUCGACUUCGAAAUCCCAGAUCCUGCAGUAUGUGCACAAGAUUGCGCCGAGGGGUGUUUAUACCUCUGGUAAGGGAUCCAGUGCGGUUGGUUUGACGGCGUAUGUCACGAGGGAUCAGGAUACGAAGCAAUUGGUGUUGGAGUCGGGUGCGCUUGUGUUGUCGGAUGGUGGUGUUUGUUGUAUUGAUGAGUUUGACAAGAUGAGUGAUUCGACGAGGAGUGUGUUGCAUGAAGUUAUGGAGCAGCAGACAGUCUCGAUUGCGAAGGCUGGUAUUAUUACCACCUUGAAUGCGAGGACGAGUAUCUUGGCUUCUGCGAACCCGAUUGGGUCGAAGUAUAACCCUGAUUUGCCGGUUCCGGCGAAUAUUGAUUUACCGCCGACUUUGUUGUCGAGGUUCGAUUUGGUGUAUUUGGUGUUGGAUAAGAUUGACGAGGCGGCGGAUCGGAGGUUGGCGAGGCAUUUGGUGUCGAUGUAUCUCGAGGAUCGUCCGGAGAAUGCGGCGGUUGGGGAUAUCUUGUCGGUUGACAAGUUAGCCUCAUACAUCUCUUACGCCAGGGAAAACGUACAACCUGUCAUCUCCGAGGCGGCUGGACAUGAAUUGGUCAAGGCGUAUGUCGAGUUGAGAAAGUUGGGCGAGGAUGUCAGAGCUGCGGAGAGGAGGAUCACGGCUACGACGCGUCAGUUGGAGAGUAUGAUUCGUCUUUCGGAGGCGCAUGCGAAGAUGAGGUUGGCGCAUGAGGUCACGGAGGACGACGUACGCGAGGCGAAUCGUCUCAUUCGUUCUGCGAUCAAGGAUUAUGCUACGGAUCCCAUCACGGGUCGUAUCGAUAUGGAUCUCAUCACGACGGGUCAGUCCGCGGCGAAUCGUCGUGCGAGGGGAGAUAUGAAGAAUGAGGUGUUGAACAUCGUGAAGGAUAUGACUGGGGCGGGGCAGGCGGCGAGGUAUUCUGAGGUGUUGAAGAAGUUGGGGGAGCAGAGUUCUGCGCAUGUUGAUGCUGGGGAGUUUGGGGAGUUGAUGAGGACGCUUGAGGCGGAGGGUGUUGUGAAGGUUACUGGUGAGGGGGCGAGGAAGGUUAUCAGGCAGAUCAGUGGUGCGCCGGCUGGUAUCUAGAGUGGACGGUGUAGCAUGAGUUGAGGAGCGUGGGGAAUAUCAAGGG